GCAAAACUGUCAGUUGAGAUUGUUCAGGCUGGUUGUAGAAAACUCUGGAAGUUUCUGAGGGCUUUAUAAAGAAAAUAUCCAAGGGAAGUCCUUCUGACAAGACACGGGAACGACAAGAGGCCAGCUAGUCAGGAUAAAUAUCAGCUGUCACCACACAGCUUCUUCUUUGACUAAACAGGCCGCUUGAUGGUGAAAAUGGGUAAAGACUACUACGACGUUUUGGGAAUUAAGAAAGGAGCGUCUGAGGAGGACAUAAAGAAAGCCUACCGUAAACAGGCUCUGCGAUAUCACCCUGACAAAAACAAAUCACCGGGAGCCGAGGAGAAGUUCAAGGAAAUCGCUGAAGCCUACGACGUUUUGAGUGACCCAAAGAAAAAGGAUAUCUAUGAUCGUUUUGGUGAAGAAGGUCUGAAAGGAGGAGGCCCCACAGGAGGAGGCGGUGGUGGCCCUGGCACCUUCAGCUACACCUUCCAGGGUGACCCUCAUGCCAUCUUUGAAGAGUUCUUUGGUGGACGUAACCCCUUCGGACAGUUCUUUGGUGGCCGCAAUGGAGGAAUGGAAGAGGACAUGGACACUGAUGACCCUUUCGCCCGCUUCGGGAUGGGAGGUGCUGGAAUGGGCGGGUUCCCUCGCUCCUUCAGCACUGGUAUGGGAGGAAUGGGCGGUCACAGUAGUGUUGUAAAGAAGCAACAGGACCCCCCAGUGGUUCACGAUCUACGUGUGACCUUGGAGGAAGUUCUGAUGGGCUGCACCAAGAAAAUGAAGAUCUCUCGCAAGAGGCUGAACCCUGACAGGAGAACAGUAAGGACUGAAGAUAAAAUCCUGGAGGUGCAGAUAAAGAAGGGGUGGAAAGAAGGCACGAAAAUCACUUUUCCCAAAGAGGGGGAUGAGACACCCACAAACAUUCCAGCUGACAUUGUCUUUGUGUUGAAGGACAAACCACAUUCGAUAUUCAAACGUGACGGCUCUGACAUUAUUUACCCGGCAAAGAUCUCGCUCAGAGAUGCCUUAUGUGGCUGCACAAUCAACGCCCCCACUCUGGAGGGCAAAACAGUGACCGUGACAUCUACAGAUAUCGUGCAGCCAGGCAUGAAGCGACGCAUCAGUGGCGAGGGGCUACCUUAUCCUAAACGGCCCGACCGGCGAGGGGACCUGAUAGUGGAAUACGAAGUGAAGUUUCCAGAAAGACUCAGUCAAAGCGCCCGUGACACCAUCGCUCAGGUCCUCCCAAGAUCUUAAAUGAGAUGGAGGAUAUUUGAAUAACCUUCCAAGCCCCCAACGGUCCUUUCUCCGGUCAUCACAUUCACAGUCGUGGAUUUUUUUUAUUACACAGCAGGCAAUAAUGCAACUCACUGGUCAGAUUUUCCUGCUUACGCUGUCAAUCAUAGUGUAAAAGCUCACCUCAGGACACGCUUCCUAUGAACAAUUCUGCUGGAUUAUAUAGGCUUCACUGUAAAUACCCAAACCUCUAAGAUUUUAUUUUGAUGAUAACAGAUGUAUUAUGAUUUAUAAAGAAUGCUGCAAGGGCACUAUUAUGUGGGGAUUGUAUGUGGAUAUAAAAGGUUUACAUAGUUAAGAUGAAAGGGUUAAACUGAUGGAUGCUAAGACUUCUGAAUGGGGACUCUUCUACUCUUCUGAUGUGCAAAAUGUUUUAUGUUUGAAUGACCAGAAUUGCAAUUUUACAGUAAAAAGAUUAAACUGGUGCUAUAAACAUC